CCAUCAUCAGGGUUUUACACUCUCUCUCUCUCUCUCUCUCUCUCUCUGUGUAAAACACCGCCAUAAACCCUAAACAUGGAGUGUGUAGCUAAAGUCCACCGUCGUUGCCAACCACUCCACCUCUCCCUUCAUCACCACCGCCCAUCAUUCUCCAGACCCAUUUCUUCACUCUCCUUCAGAACCCCAUCACCAUCAUCAUCAUCAUCUUCACUCUCAAUCAGAGCAUCUUCAUCACCAUCACCAUCACCAUCACCAUCAUCUUCAUUCUCAGACCCAAAUCUCAAAAACCCUAAAGCCACCCAAUUCACCCCAAACCCUUUCCCUUUCUCUCUCCUAAAAACCACCGCCAUCGCGGCGGUCGCCGCCGCCGCCGUCCUCUUCGCCCGCUUCAACCUCAAACCCCUCGUUUCUUUCGCCGCCAUUUCUCCGCCGGUCUCCGCCGCCGAAACGGCGGCGAGGGAAGCUGGUUCGGACGAAGAGAAAGAGCGAACCCUAGAAGAGUACGCGAGUUCUCAUCCCGACGAUGUUCAAGCCCUCCGGAGCUUAAUGGAAGCGAAGAUCAAGAAUCGAAAGGUCGACGAAGCGAUUGCCAUUGUCGAACAGUUGAUUGGACUCGAACCCGAAGACGUCGAGUGGCCAUUGUUGAAAGGCCACUUGCAUCGUUACAAUGGAGAUCUCGAGAUGGCGAAAUUAGGGUUCAAUGAGAUACUCGAGAAAGACCCUUUUCGUGUGGAGGCUUAUCACGGGCUUGUGAUGACAGUGUCGGAGGCCGAUUCGGAUUUCCAAUUGAAGGAGAUUGAGAAGAGGCUUGUGGAGGCAAUGGAGAGGUGCAAGAGGGAGAAGAAAAAGGAUGACUUGAGGGACUUGAAGCUCUUGAUUGCGCAAAUUCGGGUUAUCGAAGGGAAUUACAGUGAUGCUUUGAAGAUUUAUCAAGAGCUUGUGAGGGAAGAACCGAGGGACUUUCGACCGCAUUUGUGUCAAGGAAUUAUAUACACUUUGUUGAGGAAGAAAGAUGAGGCAGAGAAGCAUUUUCAAAAGUAUCGGAGGCUCGUUCCGAAGGAGCACCCCUAUGCUCAGUAUUUCGAUGAUAAUAUGAUUGCAACCAAGGUUUUUGCACAGAAGGUGGAAAAUGAGAGAAUGACUUCAAAAAGUUGAAGGGAAAUGGGUUGUCAAAUUCCAUGUGGUGGAUCGCAUACGAAUGAGGUUCUUCUCUGUUACUCUGCUCUGGUUUCUCUUUUUGUUUAUGUUUUUAUAUAGCUGUUUGUUUCUUGAAGUGUAGCUAGGAAGGUUAUCACAAACCAAGAGAAACUCAGUGGAAAGUUGUGGUUGGUUGAGUGGUUACAUGGGUGUCAAAAUUUUUGCAGACCAACUACUUAGGAGAGUAUGUAUACCAGUUUUUCUGAUGAGGAAAUGGUUAACUUAUUGCUUCCUUGUUUUUUCUCUGGUGACAUGCUUUAAUUUUUGUUUUUUGAUCCAGUAUAUUGAGGAUGAAUCAAUGUGUCGUUGUGUUGUUCAAAUUUAGUCAAUUAUGGAUAUUUGUAUGGUUUGUCGGAGUUAAA